AUGGUCAAGUCCGCUGUCUUGGGUUACCCCCGUAUCGGUACCGGCCGUGCCAUGAAGAAGUCCAUCGAGGCUUACUGGGCUGGCAAGGAGUCUGAGGAGCAGCUUCAGGCUACAGCCAAGGCCGUCAGGCAGGAGCGAUGGGAGACCAUCCGCAACGCCGGUGUCGAUGUCAUUCCUUCCGGUGACUUCACCCUCUACGACCACCUCUUGGACCACUCGUUCAACUUCGGUGUCGUUCCCCAGCGUUACGUUGAGCAGAAGCUCUCCCCCCUCGACACCUUUUUCGCCAUGGGCCGUGGUCGCCAGGACAAGUCCAAGGGUAUCGACGUCGUUGCCUCCGAGAUGGGCAAGUUCUUCGACUCCAACUACCACAUUGUCAAGGUCGACCACGACGAGAACACCAAGUUCUCGGUCAAGCGCAACCAGCAGCUCGAGGAGUACAAGGAGGCCAAGGAGCUCGGCAUCGAGACCCGUCCCGUCAUGUUCGGUCCCAUCACCUACCUUUCCCUCGUCCGCAAGUCGCGUGAGGCGUCCGCCGACUUUGAGCCUCUCUCGCUCCUCGACUCGCUCAUCCCCGUCUACAAGGAGAUCCUUACCUCCUUGAAGGAGGCCGGUGCCGCCGAGGUCCAGCUCGACGAGCCCAUCCUCGUCAUGGACAAGGCUGAGCAGUACGGUGACCUCUUCAAGAAGACCUACGAGGCGCUCGCGUCCGUUGGUCCCAAGAUCACCAUCACCUCGGCUUACGGUCGGGUCGGCAAGUCCAUCGAGUACUUGAAGUCCCUCCCCAUCCACGCCCUCCACCUCGACCUUGACCGUGAGCCCAAGCAGCUCGACGAGGUCCUCGCCGCCCUCAAGGGCACGUCCAUCGGCAUCGAGCUCGGUGUCGUCUCCGGUCGUAACAUCUGGAAGACCGACCUCAAGGCCGCCAAGGCCCUCGCCGAGAAGGCCAUCUCGGCCCUCGGUGCCGAGAAGGUCGUCGUCUCCACUUCGUCCUCCCUCCUCCACACCCCCAUCUCCCUCGCCGUCGAGAACAAGCUCACCGCCGAGCAAAAGUCGUGGCUCUCUUUCGCUUCCGAGAAGUGCGAGGAGGUCGCGGCUCUUGCCGAGGCUCUCAACGGCCAGGAGGGUGCUGCGUUCGAGCAGAACACCAAGGACAUUGCCGCUCGUCGCGAGUUUGAGCGUACCUCGGACUCGGCCGUCCGUGACCGGGUCGCCGGUAUCACCGACGCUCAGCUCAAGCGCAAGUCGCCCUUCCCCGCCCGUCGGGAGGCCCAGAAGAAGCACCUCAACCUCCCCAAAUUCCCCACCACCACCAUCGGUUCGUUCCCCCAGACCAAGGAGAUCCGAUUGGCUCGUUCCAAGUUCACCAAGGGCGAGCUCUCCCAGGAGGACUACGAGAAGGCCAUGGAGGCCGAGAUCAAGCACGCUUGCGAGUUCCAGGAGAAGGUCGGACUCGACCUCUUCGUCCACGGCGAGCCCGAGCGUAACGACAUGGUUCAGUACUUCGGCGAGCAGUUGACCGGGUUCAUCUUCACCCAGCUUGGUUGGGUUCAGUCCUACGGUUCCCGAUACGUCCGUCCCCCUAUUGUCGUCUCGGACGUGUCCCGCCCCUCUCCCAUGACCGUCCGUUGGUCGGCCUACGCCCAGUCGCAGACCUCCAAGCCAAUGAAGGGCAUGUUGACUGGUCCCGUCACCAUCCUUAACUGGUCCUUCCCCCGUGCCGACGUCUCCAAGGAGGUCCAGUCCAAGCAGCUCGCGCUUGCCCUUCGCGACGAGGUCGUCGACCUUGCCAACGCCGGUAUCAAGGCCAUCCAGGUCGACGAGCCCGCGAUCCGUGAGGGUCUCCCCCUCCGCAAGGCCGACUGGGACAACUACCUCCAGUGGGCUGUUGACUCGUUCCGUCUCUCCACCUCGGGCGUCGAGGACGACAUCCAGGUCCACUCGCACUUCUGCUACUCUGACUUUGGAGACAUCUUCCCGUCCAUCCAGGGUCUCGACGCCGACGUCAUUUCGAUCGAGGCGUCCAAGGCCGACCUCAAGCUGCUCGAUGUGUUCAAGAACCACGGGUACUCGAACGAGAUCGGCCCCGGUGUCUACGACAUCCACUCUCCUCGUGUCCCCGGAGAGCAGGAGAUCAAGGACCGUAUUGCCGCCAUGGCCAAGGUCCUCUCCCCCGAUCUCAUGAUCGUCAACCCCGACUGUGGUCUCAAGACCCGUGGGUGGAAGGAGACCGAGGAGUCGCUCGCCAACCUGGUCGCCGCCGCCCGGUGGGCCAGGAAGGAGUACGCCUAA